AUGGCCGCGACUUCUGCUGCCGAACUAGAGCCCGUGUCGAGGGUGACGGCAAGGCUACAGGCUGUGCUGGAAAAGGCUCGAAGCGUGAAGCCAGAAGCCUCAGUUGAGCCUCCACUUCCUGCCGCAGACGUGGUUGGAGAUGUAUCUGCGCUGCACGACGACUUUGAAGAAAAGUACGACCAGGUGUAUCGAUAUUUGUCUGUCGAGACGGCUUCGAGGGAACUCUUCUACUCACUCAUCACUUCAACUGACAUUAACGACCCGGCCUUUGUCGAAGUGUGGAAUUUCCUCGAUAUUGUACAGCUAUGCGGGGACUACGGCAAGUGCGCGCCUGAGCUGGUGUGCUGGCUUCUGGAGGAGUUGCUGGACAGCCAAACUACGGACGGUUGUCGAAUAGUCUUCGACUACUUGGAUUCGCGACGGGAGAGACUGGCGCAGAAGGACUUCCACAAGAAGAACCUCAUUUUUCUGCGGUCGUGCAAUGAGCUUCUAAGAAGACUUAGUCGAGCUGAAGAUGCGAUCUUCUGUGGACGAGUGUUCUUUUUCCUUUUCCAAACAUUCCCGCUGGGCGACAAAAGCUCAGUCAACCUGCGUGGAGAAUUUCACACGGAGAAUCAGACCAAGUUUGAUGUGCAAGAGCCCAACGCUGAGGCAGACGAUGGAGAGAAGAUGGAUGUCGACUCGAAGCCGGACGAAACACCAGCGAAAGACGAAGGGACUCCUCAGCCGACAGCAUCUGGUAAACCAGGGAGCAAGGCCGUUCCCAUCAAACCUCCACCAAAGAAGACACAGGAAGAGGAAGUCCUGUCGAGCAGCCAACUGUAUCCAACUUUCUGGAGAUUACAACAUGACUUCUCAGACCCGACACGCCUGUUUGAUGUCUCGAACUUCACCACCUUCAAGAAAGGUCUUGCCAGCACCAUUGCGAAGUUUAAGAAGACUCCCACUGUCGUGCAGACAAGAGCCGUCGAAGAAGACAAGCGCGGCACAAAGCGCAAACAUGGAGAGAACGGUAUCAACGGCACCGACAACGACCACCUCGCCGACAACUACAAUCCCAAGUAUCUCACCAGCCGCGACCUCUUCGACCUCGAGCUAAGCGACCUCGCCUUCCAACGCCAUAUCCUUGUCCAAGCCCUCAUCCUCAUCGACUUCCUACUCUCCCUAACAGAAAAAGCGAAGAAACGCCUCGCCGACCUCUCCACAACCAACAAAUCCAUGCUCUAUGCCUUCACCCUCAGCGAAGAAGACACCAAAUGGGCCCUCACGACUCGCUCCACAAUCACCUCCUACCUAAGCCUCACCAACGAAGGCAGACAAUACUGCCGCAUGGUCGAAACGGUCCUGGCGCGCGACAAGAACUGGGUGCGCUGGAAAGUCGAAAGCUGCCCUUCCAUCGUCCGCGGCCCCGUCUCCACCGAACAGGAACUCGAAGCACGAAAGGGAGCCCGCGAUGCCACUCGCCCACGCCGGAUCCCGGACAAGCCCAUGGGCGCCAUGGACCUCAGCUUCCUGGACGAAGGCAGCGGCGGAGGCGGGCUGGACGCACUGAAAGAUCCCGCGCGAUACACCGCGCCGACGAUCGAGAAACUCGUCGAACAGGUCGUGACGGACAAGCUGGAUCUGGAAAUGGCGAUGGACGACGGGGAGAAAGCAAGUCUAGAAAACGCGAUCCAAAACGCCAAAUGGCGUGCGUUGCGGCAGGCGCGAGCGGAGAAUCUGAGCCUGCUGGACAAAGUGGAUAGCACGAAAGAUUUGGAAGACAUGCUGAAGGAGCCGGAACUCGAGCCACAGGUUGAAUCUGAGGGUCAUCAGGAAGGCGCUUCUUCGCAGCAGAAUGGGGGAGGAGAAGGUGAUGAAAGUGGUGCUGCAGUCGCUGUGACGGUCGCAGACGACACGACGACCCCAGCAAACGAGUCUCUGCAUCUGCCGGAGACUGUGGAGGAUAAAGUUUCAGAGGACGCCGCUGCAGAGACGAAGUGA